AUGCCGAUAUCCGACGACGUCGCACGGCAUAACAGUCGAAAGACUAGGCACAGUCAUGAGGCUAUCCUGCGGUAUAUGAGGGAACGCCGUGAAAAUGAUAUAAAAAGGGAAAAGAUGAAAGCUCUGAACGCGAAGAGGGAGAAAGCGGAACGAGAGAAGAAGCUAAACAACGUGAUUCGGCGUCAACGGCAGCUGGCUUCCCAGGUCGUUGCUUCGUCGGACACUGGGCGAACCGGCACCGCUGUUAUCGAAGGUGGCGUAUCUGAUGAAGACCGUGCGAGAAUAGAGCAAUUCAAAAUUGGAUACGAAACAACUGCUGUUUACUCAGCUGACCAGGCGAAGACUCCGAUGGUGGCCAAAAAUGAGCUGGGAAAGUACAUCGAUUGGCAUUGCUCCCAACUCGGGUUGCCUGCUGUCGAAACUCAGACAUUAGCGUGGGAUCAGGAGAGUUGGAGACAAUAUCUGUCUUUCUCCGCCACCCUGAAAGAAUGA